AAUCGAGGCUUCUCGCAUCUGAAGUGAAGUCGUAAUACGAUGCCUGGGUGAAAUCUCGGUUGUCAGUGGUAUUAUCGAUAUCUACGUUGUCAGGUCAGCGCAUCUGAAUGAGCGAUUGCACACGCGGCAAACUGUAGUGGCAAAGAUGCCAAUCCCUCCCCCUCCCCCGCCACCUCCCGGCGGACCACCCCCGCCUCCCACCUUCAGCCAGGCCAACACAACCCCACCCAAACUAAACAAAGACGAGGCUAAGGGGCGCAAUGCCCUCUUGGGUGACAUCUGCAAAGGCACCCGGCUGAAGAAGGUGGCUGUCGUCAAUGACCGGAGUGCCCCCAUCAUCGAGAAGCCCAAAGGGAGUACCGGGGGUGGGACCAGUGCCAGCCCAGGGGGCGUGUCAGGUGGUGGUCAGCCAGUAGGAGGCCUCUUCCAAGGGGGCGUGCCAAAACUGAGACCAGUCGGAGACGGUUCUGUGGGCCGCUCGGCGAUGCAGCCCCCGGGCACUCGUCCCGCAGCCCCCCGCCCCCCCACCCGCCACGAGGACAGCGACAGCCCCUCCCACCAGCACUCCUCAGGCUCCUCCUCCCCCAGUGAGCCCUCUCGCGCCCCGCAGCGGCCCUCCCUCCCCGACCUCUCCCGCUCCGCAGGCUCCGGCAGCCCCUCCUCCUCCUCCCCCUCACCCUCCUCCUCUGGAGGGAUGAAGCACAGCUGCUCCGCGCCGCCCCCUCCCCCGCCCGUCAACCGACGAGGCAACGCGCCGCCCCCGCCCAAAGCGGCCACCUCCACCUCCUCCUCCGCCUCCUCUCCCUCCUCCUACAACCGGGAGAAGCCACUGCCCCCCACCCCCCGCGGCACCUCCCCCGCCACCGUGCGUGAGAACGCGCCUCCGCCCCCUCCACCACCCCCCACCAAGCCCCCUUCCUCCCCGAUCAACAACCGACGCCCCCCCACAGGAGGCUCGUCGUCCUCCUCUUCCUCCUCCUCCUCUUCCUCUCUAGCUCCCCCUCCUCCUCCGUACCGCGGUGGCGCGGUGUCCAAUGGGCCCUCCAGCCCCGGUGGCGAGCCGGCGCCCGAGCUGCCCACGCGCCACAACUCGCUCAGCAAGAAGCCGUCCUCAGCCGGGCACACCCCGACCCGCGCCCACGCACCCCCACCCCCACCCUCGCCCACGCCGCAGGGCGUACGCCCCCCGCCGCCCCAACGGGACCCGCCGGGCAGAGGAGCAGCUCCUCCUGUGCCGAGCCAGCCGUCGCGAAACGGCCGAGAAGCGCCCCCUCCUCCCCCGCCCCCCUACCGUACCGGGCACGGCAGCUCCUCCACUGACGCUCCUGGUAGGGGCAAGCCUCCCCCUCCCCCCACCCCCACCCCCCCUGGACCCCCUCCUCCCCCUCCGCCAACCCGAAACGGACACACCACCUCCACCCCCCGCUCCUUUGUAGAUGACUUUGAGUCCAAGUAUUCCUUCCAUCCCUUGGAUGACUUCCCUCCUCCAGAUGAGUACAGGCACUUCACUAAGAUCUACCCUAGCAAAGCGAAUAGAGUGAUGAGAGGAGCGCCCCCUCUGCCUCCUGUGGGGAGGUGAACACUGUGAACGCCUGCUGCCAGGAGACCACCUCUCCUUCUCUCACACACGCUUACACAAAUACACACACACACACACACACACACACACACACACACACACUUAAACACACAACAGCAUAUGCAUAUCUACACACAAGUCAUAGAGGUGACUAACUGGUGAUGUGCACGCACAUAUUAAUCACUCAUGGCGGUGUCUUAACAUUAACAAUCUUGUGGUAACCAAGACGGCAUUCCAUCUCAUGCAAAAACACUACCAUCUCUCAGAAUGCACGGCUCGCUGCUCUCCCAUCCUCCCUUUAACCCCUCCACUGGCCCAGUCAAGCAGCAGCCAGCCAGCCAGCCAGCCAGCCAGGGCUAAGGACUUGAGCAGGGAGAAACAGGCGCAGCACAACAACAUGGAGGGCAAGAUGAAAGACAUGUGGUUUUGAAGAAGAGGCAUCUAGGCCAACUACUGUUUUUUUUUUUUUGUCCUUCCUAACUUGCGUGUUUUGUUUCCCUCCUUUUUUGGCGUAUUGGUCUUACUUUGAUUUUGGUGCAUUCUUUAAAAGAAACGCUGACCAAGAAAAAAAAACGCUAACGGUAGCCUGACGCUACAGGCUAGUAUUGUUUCCUAGUUAUUGUAGCUCCCUUACUUAGCCUUUGAAAGGCCCAAGCAACCACCAUUCCAAUGCCAUGGAUUUAUAGUUUGUAUUUCUUUUUGUGUCAACGUUUUAUCAUGAUGAGUUACUGAGAGCUUUGGGAGAUCAUGCACUGUGAACGUGUCAGUCUUCAGAGAGACGGACGGAACUUGGAAGACUGCCACUUGAGACGCUCGAGAAGAGAGUUCAAUGUUACCAAAAGGCUGCCACCAGUUGGCAGGCUCCAUUGGUCAGACGUGGUGGGGGUCAACAGAGACCCCCGGUGGACAGAAAGGGCAUUACUAGCAUUCCCCUUAUUUCUCACUACAAGGACCGACUAACGGAUGGCUUCAAAAUGAGGACCGGCUUGCUUGUGGGAACACUCGUCUCUGGUCCUGUGAGUACGCAAGAUGAGUUUGCUUUUAUUUUAUUUUUUAAAUUGGUACUUUAUGAAAAGAUGAAGAGGGAAAAAGUGCCAACGGAAGCAGAAACCCAACCGGAGCAGGUAUUCCCCCUUUUGACCUUCAGUCUCUACUGUACUGUAAUGCCAGACCCUAUGACACACCCUAACCCAUUAUGGACUAUGCAUGCAAGUCUGUAUCGACCAGAGGGCAUUUCAGGCAUGGGGACUCAGCUGUAGUGUAUGCAAGGGAUCGUGAUGAUGGGGAUGAUGAUGAAUAUGAUGAUUAUUCUUAAUAUCAUUUUUUUGUUUGUUUCCUCGGCUGCUUUUUGCAUUCCUUCACAAUACUGGUACUGAUUCUCUCACAUAGAUUGAUGACGUUCUUCUUCACAACACUUUUUUGUGUCUGUGAAGAAGAAAACAUUUUUAAUGUAAUGCACACAUGUACACAACGGCAAUAGAAAACAAUAGCAUUAUUCUCCGGGUCAUUCUUAGGGGUGCUUGUAGUCAGGACAUGACAUCCUGAAAAAAAACCCCAAGGUCUCAAGAACAUGAUUACAAGACGCUGACUCUUUGCUUUUAUAUGUGGUCAGACUGAUAUCUACUAAAUGGUCACUCUAAUCCAUCUGCAUGUGCUGCAAAUGUCCUGUUGUACAACACAUUUUUUAAAAUUUCUUUCUCCAAAAUCAGACAAGUUUGCAUGGUCCCGGUUGUGCCAGAACGUCUAUAAAAAUAAUAAUAAUUAUAAUAAUAUGAAAAGUCUUUGAUCUCCUGUUGAAUAUUGGCAACGCUUUGGUGUAUGAUGUAUGUGCGUGUGUGACGACAAGAUGUCUGCUGUGACUAUUACGACUGCGACUACUUGACUUACUAAUGCUGCCAGUCUUCAGCAAAGCCAUAUUACUGUAAAUGAUACGGCAUGAGGCACGGGCAGGGCCAGGCGUUCCGUUCUGCCUGUGAGGAAUUAGAAGACACUGGUGGCAGCUUGACCUGAGAGCGUGAGGGAGGGAAUGAGAUCCACGUUAUACUGUACAGCAGCUGCUGGUAUGCAAACUGUGUUGAGAGUUAUUGGUUAUGGUGUGACAAAGGCUCUUCGGUCACAGUUGAAAUCCCAAGCUGACAAAGGGGAUUGAAGGCGUUUGGAUCAAAAAUGGGCUGUUUUAAGGUUCUUUUUUUUUUUUUGGAUCAUCUCACUAACAAAAUCUUGUAACAGUACCUAAUUCUGUGAACUUAAUCCAUGUUUGUUGGAGCAUUCCAUUUUUGUAAAAAAAUAUCUCAGAACUGAGAGUCUUGCCAAUGUUGAGUUGAUAUUUUUUCAUGCUUUAUUGUUGAACAGUAACCUGCACGUGGUUCAAACUAUUGCAGAAAAAAGGUAGUUAUAUGCUCUUAUUGUGACAAGAACGCAAGCUCUGUGGAAAAGCGUUUCCCUCUGCUGAAGUCAGCUAUUGC